AUGGAUGACCCAGGUGAACGGACCUGUUAUGUGUGCAGUCUCCAUGAAAACGUCACUGAGGAACUUCUGAAGGAACUAUUCAGUCAGGUGGGACCCCUCGAUACAAUUAUUCUGCGUACGAGCAAUAAUCGUGACUCUAACUCAACACAUCGUUAUGCGUUGAUCGUAUUUAAGCAUGAAGUAAGUGUCCUGUUUGCAUGUGAAAUGCUUGAUCGAAUUGAGCUUUUCAAUAAAAAAAUUUCGGUUCGACCUAAACAAGGCACUCAGCAGGCGCAACGAUACCGGAAAAAUAUUGCAUUGCAUAAUUCGAAUUCUUGUCCAUCGAAAUCACGAAGUUAUAACAGUGGCUUUUUUAAUGCCCAUAGACGCAGGCAAAACGGAAAUGAAGAGUAUUUAAAGCACACCCGAGAAGAUAAAUCUGGUGUGAACAUUUUCACUUUGUUUACUACUGUAUUUUUGUAG